UGUUUGCAUGUCUGUGUUCAUUUACUGGACAGGACAUAACAAAUGAACUGUCUCCCUCCGGUGCUCUCCCACCACCUCCUUGUGUUGCCCCAUCCCCUGAAAUAGGAGCAGGUUAGCAGGCAGGAGUGCUGGGCGUGCUCCUCCUCUCCCCACCCAAGUAACAGCACAGGUGGAUGUUUAGGGAUCGCUGCCAAAUACUUUUGGUUAAGAGGGAGGGGUGUUGGUAGGUGGGUGUGCACAUUUGUUUUGUUUCUCUCUCUCUCUCUCUCUCUCUCUCUCUUUUUUUUUUCUUCUCUCUAACCAUACAGUGGUAGGGUUCAUUUUCCAAUCCCGAAUCAGAGACACACCUUCUGUGCAAAAUUGAGCUCCUCUCCCACCCCCUCUCCUUCUCUCUCUCUCUCUCUCUCUCUCUCUCUUUCGCUGUCUCUCAGUCAUUUCUCUCACUUUCGUUGUGUCUCUGACAGAGGAUAACACCCUGCUUCCUGACAGGGACUGAGACCGAGAAGAGCAACAACUCAGAGAGCAGCACAGAAAGUCAGACGAGCCAGCCUCCUCCUGGAGCGGUGAGGCUGCCUGCCUGCGAGUGCCGGGGAGAGAGAGCCGCUCAGACACUUGUCGUGUCUUCUCUGCAAGCCCCGUGUGGAUAUUUCCCCGUGCUCUGGCUUCUGUGAAUGAGUGGGGGAGCGUGACGGCGGCGGCGGCGGCGACGAGCUGUGAAUGGACAGGCAGCUUUGUCUUAGUCUGAAGGAGGAGAUGUGAUGAGAGAGGACUGGGACUGAACAGCACUUCUUCUUAGUCUGAGGGAUUUACACAAAAAGAAAAGAAAAAGAGAGAAACAUACCUGAAGAAAAGAGGAGAUUUCGAUCCUUUUGACGAUGGCGUACCGAGAAGAGGACCUGAUUGGGAUCCCCUUCCCCAACCACAGCAGCGAGGUGCUGUGCAGUCUGAACGAGCAGCGGCGCGAAGGGCUCCUGUGCGACGUGGUCCUCAUCGUGCAAGAUCAGGAGUACCACACGCACCGCUCCGUGCUGGCCGCCUGCAGCCAGUACUUCAAGAAGCUGUUCACCGUGGCGUCGGACGCCAGCGAGCCGCACGCCGUCUACCAGAUUGACUUUGUGGGGCCGGAGUCCCUGACGGCCAUCCUGGAGUUCGCCUACACCUCCACCCUCACUGUCACCGCAGGCAACGUGAAGCAGAUCCUGAAUGCAGCCAAGAUGCUGGAGAUCCCCUGCAUCAUCAACGUCUGUCUGGAGAUCAUGGAUGGAGGCGGGGGAGAGGAAGGAGGAGGAGGAGGAGGAGGAGGCGAGGGUGGAGGAGGAAGACGGGACCGCGGCUAUGAGGAGGAGGAAGACGAUGAGGAUGAGGACGACGAAGAGGAGGAGGACGACCUAGAUGAUGACGCAGAGGAGUCCAGGGAAGAGGAACAGGAGGAGCCCGAGGACGACGCCAGUGAGAAGUCCACCCAAGUCUCCGAGCAGCAGGAGGGGAGCGCCCUGGAGCAGAGGGAGAUGGGAGAGCGCUUGGGGAGCCCGCCGUGCAGCUCCAAGCAGGAUCACUGCCAGAGCAGGCCUGAGAGGAGGUGUCAGAAGGAGAGCCCGGAGAAGGGCCGCGAUCCAGAGGGCCUGGAGGGCCGGGCCCUGAAAGACUUUUCCAUUGAGUCACUCCUCCAGGAGGGCCUGUACCCGAAGAUGCCAGGGCUCGAGCGAGGCUCUGGUUACUCCCCGCUCCUGCCUGGCUUCUACCCUCCUAUGUGGGCCGCUGAGUUUCCGACCUUCCCACAGAUCCUGGAACCCCACCGCGCCACUCACCCCUACGGGCCACAGAUGGAGAACACGCCCCUGGACUUGGCUGUGAAGAAAGAGGUCAUCCAGGAGGACCUGAAGGAGGACGUGACCCCUGGGCUGCUGCACAGGGACUUUAUGAAGGAGUUCAUGGGCCCGGGGUUGGGGGUGCUUCCAGAGGCCCAGCUGAGUCAGAUCAAGGACGAGUCGGACCUGCGCUCCUACCUGAGCUUCCUCAGCGCGUCUCACCUGGGGGUCUUCCCCCCGUGGCAGCUGGAGGAGGAGAGGAAGCUGAAGCCCAAAGCCUCGCAGCAGUGUCCCAUCUGCAACAAGGUGAUCCAGGGCGCGGGGAAGCUGCCCCGCCACAUGCGCACACACACGGGGGAGAAACCCUACAUGUGUACCAUCUGCGAGGUGCGCUUCACCCGACAGGACAAACUGAAGAUCCACAUGCGUAAGCACACCGGCGAGCGGCCCUACAUGUGCCUCCACUGCAACUCCAAGUUUGUGCACAACUACGACCUGAAGAACCACCUGCGCAUCCACACGGGAGUGAGGCCCUACCAGUGCGAGCACUGCUACAAGAGCUUCACGCGCUCCGACCACCUGCACCGCCACCUGAAGCGCCAGAGCUGCCGCGUCUCGCGCCCACGACGGGGACGCAAGCCCGCCGCCUGGCGCGCCUCCAACUUCCUGUACCCGCCCGACCCCCACCUGCACCAAGGCAAGGGCCUGGCCGCUGGGUGCCGGCUGUUGCCCACACCUUUGCCUGCCUUGGGUGCCCGUGGCCUGGCAGAGAGGCGACCACAGGGGGGGAGAGCUCUAGAGGACUGUGAAGGGGGGGGCAGGGAGGCAGCAGAAGCACGGCUGGUAGACAGAGGCCACAUGGCUGGGGAGGCAGAGAGGAAGAGGGGGGUGUUCUCCUUCACUCUGGCCCGGGACGAUGUUCGGCCCCACGCACCCUUUCCUUUCCCUGCUCCUCCAGCCCCCUCCAACGAUCCCUGGACUGUCAGGCUGGACCGGGCUCCACCCAUCCCCGAGGCAGCAAACUGACCUCCCAGAACUCUCUCCAGAGUUCGCUGCUCCGCACAGAAUUUACGUAUGCAUGAGCAAAAACACACAGACACGGACACACACACACACACAAACACACACACACACACAACAGGAGGAAGACUGGGAAUCUGGAGGACAAGCUAUCUACAAUUGUAGGCUAAUCAAAUGCAAAACCUUCUUUUUUUUUUUUAAUGAACCAUUUUGGGACUUUAAUAUGUUGACAAAUUGUGACAUUUUAACAGCCUUUUUAUAUGGCAGUUUCCUUGUGUCAUUUCAGACUGGGAUUUUAAAUACAGGAAUUUUUAGGGAUUGAAUGUUUUUAUUAUUAUUUUGGAUGUUUCAGUUUCUGUACAUUUCUAUUUAUAAUAAAAUUUGAUGAUCACGCUUUUGCAUUAUUGAGAAGGGUAAAAGGAUGUUCUGAGAUUUGUCGGCAGUUUAGCCUGCUGUUUUGGCCACUAAAUGUGUAUUCAUCAAUUGAGCUGAAUUUUGCUUUCAAUCUCAGACUUCAAUGCAAAGAAUGUUGUCUGAGCUCUCUGAUUUCUGAAAUCACUUUAAACUGAUUUUUUUCCCCCAGUCAUCUUACUGUGUAUGCCACUGUCACAAAUGACUCGACUUCUCCCUAGGGCCCCACAUGAGAUUUGUUCAAAUAGAAAUUACAAGAGGUAAAACAAAUAUCACAACUCUCUGACAUUCAGAUUGUACCUUUGAACAGAAAUUAAAAUGACGCCAUUGUCUGCAUUAAAUAUGAGUCAACCAAAGACAGGUAAACUGUCUGUGAAAUUAAAAAGAUUGAUUCAUCUAGACAGGCACUACACAUAUAAUAUCAAUGUGAAUGUUCAUAUUUAUAACAUUCUAUAACCAAUUUAACGGGAAGAGGGGAGAAGUUGAGUCAGUGUGGGCAGCUUUACUACAGUGGAUCCUGGGUUUGUGUCCUUCGUAUCAUGAACAUGCUUUACCCUUGUGCUGUGCACCAAGCUUUUCUCUGCACUAUUGUAAAUAUGUACAAAUGUUUUGAAAAUUUAACUUUGAUUAAUUAAAUGUUGCUGGAUUACUAAAGUUUUCUGAUUAAUAAUGUAAAAUGUAAAAGCAUCCAAAGAUGUGUUUUAAAAAAACAAACUUGAAAUAUUGUUUCAUGUGUUUGAAUUUCUCGGACGAGUUUAAAUGUUUAAUUUUUUUGAGUGCUCAAAAUUGUUUUCCACUUGAAAUGGUCAAAACAGGUGCUUCACUUUGUUAGGAAUUAAAACAGGGAAGUCUAUCCACCAUCCUUACAUGUUGCUCUUCUUAAAUAUAAACUGGUUAACAUAAAUGUUGUACUUCAUUGUUGUCCAAAAUGAUAAUGAGAAAAUAUUUUCAAGCUAUUUAUGCAUAUUUAAAUAGGCCUUGGCUAUAUUUUGCUAAAAUGUUUGUAAAUACACUAACAUGUCACAAAGUAUGAGGCGGGUGGUUAUGGUGAUUCACUGGGUGGCUGUUUAAUCGGUCAAUGUAUGUGAGUGUGUCUGUGUCUGUCUGUGUGUGUGUGUGUGUGUGUGUGUGUGUGUGUGUGUGUGUGUGUGUGUGUGUGUGUGUGUCUGUGUGUGUGUGUGUGUGUGUGUGUGUCUGUGUGUGUGUGUGUGUGUGUGCCUAGGCUUUUGUUGCAAAUACCUCUGAACUGGAACAUCGGCAAAACAUUGUUUCUAUAAAACCAACCAAUCACACAUACACAAACACACACACACACACAUACUGGAUACACGGAUAUGGUACGGCAAUUACAACAAAAUAUUUUCAAUUUGUCAGGAACCAGCUAUUGAAUAUAACCAUAAUUCACAAUAAAGUGAUGGUUAAAGUGUGACACUAAUGGUGUAAACAUGGUCUAAUUUAUCAAAUUAACUGAAUUCACUUGACACAAAAAACAUGUCUGAAAGGCCUGAAUGUGUAUGACAUUUAUGAAUUACCCUGAUGACAGAAACAACAUGUAUUUGCACUAUUUGUGAUUUGUGUAUUAAAUUGAUCAGAUUCAUUUUCCAAAUACUGAAGCCAUUUUAUGCAUUUUACUUAAAAUUCCUUUUUUUCCAAUUUUGAUCUCCACACAAAGACAAUGAAAAAAAAAUCUUCUCCCUGAUCAUUAAGUAUGUGCUUGCAGUCUGUUUCUCUGGCUGGAACCAUGCAAUUGUUACAAUCAAUUGACCCCCAAAAAAUAUUUUUCAGAAGAGGGAUGGCCUUCAAAUCAAAUAAAGAAUACUUUU